AUGCAUAAAAUAACUCAUGAAAAUCACAAUUGUUUAUAUUUAAAUCAUGUGAAAUUAAUUGAACAACAAUAUGCUGAAUUUACACACGACAAAGAACGUUACAAAUUAAAACCCGAACUGUUUAAUUUUAAACCCAAAACCGCCGCAGAGGACAAAAAUGUGGGAAGCCAAAACAAAAGGAAACGUAAAGCGGAUGCGGAAAAUGAAGAAUGUGAGGAACUAAAGAAAUUAAUACAACCGUUUCGUGAAGAAAUUCAAAAUUUAAUACAUCAAGAAUAUGUGAAGGAUUUGGAGAAUAUACCACGUACGUGGGAGGAGAAAUUAGAUUUUCCUAAAUUCUAUGGUGCCAAUGGAACAACGGAUUUCCAAACCACCAAAUUUCAGGAACAUGAUUUUAUAAUACCACCUUAUUGUAAAUUCUAUAACCACAAUAUCAAUGAUGUUCGACAAAUUUUACCCGAACUCGAGAAAUAUGAUCUAAUAAUUAUGGAUAUGCCAUGGCAAAAUAAAUACAUUAAACGUCUGAAGAAAGUCAGGGACUCCUUGGCCUAUCACAUGCUCGAUAAUGAUAGUUUACAAAAUAUACCCAUACAGGAAAUGAUUCACGCCAAUUCAUUGGUUGUACUAUGGUGUACAAAUGCUCCACAACAUUUGAAUGCAGUGCAGAAUGAUUUCCUGCCCAAAUGGAAUUUACAAAUUGUCCACACUUUAAAAUGGUUUAAAUUUAAUACGGAGGGAAAUUUGAUAAGUCCCAUAAAAGCGCAGGGUUAUAAACAACCAUAUGAAACGGUCUUUAUAACAUGUCAUAAGAACAGAAAUUUAAAUAAUUUGGAUGGCAUAAAAAGCAUAGAUUUUAUUGCUAGCCUUCCGAGUAUUAUUCAUUCCCACAAACCACCGUUGGCAAUGUGGCUGAGAGAGUUUCUUGAUGAUUCCGUUCACUUUAAGGGUUUGGAGAUUUUUGCCCGCUAUUUACAGCCACAAUUUACCUCAAUUGGAUUGGAAGUACUAAAAUUAAUGGAUAAACGUUUGUAUAAUAAAAUACAAAGUUGA